AACUCUAAAGAAGCUGUGCAAGAUAAGAGACGGAGAGAUGCAAUGGACAGAGAAAUUAAAACCAUCAAGAAGAAUGACACGUGGGAAUUCGUCUCGUCUUCGAAAGAUCAUAAGGAUAUCAGUGUCAAGAAUGUUUGCAAGGAUAAGAAGAAUGUCUAG